GGUGUGCCUGUUCUGUUUGUUCCAGAAGAGGGGACGGCCGUGUGACGUUAAGUUGUCUGAGGCUGCGCGGCCAGGGAGCGUGCGGUUCACAUCCCACAGCUGGGUGAUCAGAUUGCCGCUGCUUGUUUAAAACAUAACCUUUUUUUUCCUGGGUCUUACUCAAAGGUGGCAUGUUAGGGCCAGACCUCUACCCCUUUCCCCAAACUGCCCCCUUCCCAGGCUGCUUCACGACACAAGAGAAAGCUUCAUGGGGCCUAGACAGUUCUGGGCAGAAAAGGGCAGGCAGAGGUAAAUAACAGAGCCUGGGUCGAGGUUCAGGAGGCCCCGUCAGGGUCCCCUGCGGCCUCUGAUCUGAGUCCCUACGGGACGCUGGCCGAGGCUGCCUCCCGGUGUUGGGAGAACCUUCCGGCAAGUGACGUGCGUCACGGUAAGGGCUGGGGUGGAUGGACAGAUGGAUGACGGUCAGCCAGGGUCAAAUACCUGGUCAGUUGCCCAGGGCCAGCGGGGACAGGCAGGCAGGGAAGGUGUGGGGGCUUCUAAGGGAUUUUUCUCUCCCUGAUAAACCCUGCCCUGGUAUAAGGGAAGACGCGAGAGCCUCCGGGCAGUCGUGGGAGUGCUGGGAGGCAGCCUCGUGACCACAGAAAGUGGUCCGUUUAGACCCGCGCCACCCUCUCUGAAGGAGAGGGCUCCUCGGCCGGUUAGGCCUCCUGCAGAAAGACGGCAGGUACCAGGACCCUGACCUGUCUCCGCAGCCGCGUCAGCGGUAGACGCAGUCGGCCCCCAUCUGCUUCGGGAGCAGUGCUCUACUCCUUUCUUUCUCCAGCGAGGCACUGGUGUUUACGAUGGCGUUUUACAGUCUUCUUUCCUACUGAGCUCCCCUGGCCUCCCGUUUUAAGGGAUUUCAGAGUUGCAUCAGGCUUCGGUUCCGACUGAGAAACCGGAGGAGUGUCUCCCAGCUGCUGUGUUCUCCAGGAGCCAGGACAAAUUCUGAGAAGUGGCAUUUCAGGACCAAAAGGCGCUUCCCGAGGCAGGGCCAUGCUCACGUUCAUGGCCUCUGACAGCGAGGAGGAAGUGUGUGACGAGAGGGCGUCCCUGAUGUCGGCCGAGAGCCCCCCGCCACGCUGCUGCCCGGAGGACAGGCAGGGCUUGGAGGAUGGAGAGGGUGCCGACCAGUGGAGAGGCCAGGAUAGCGAGGACGACUUUGACGAGGACCCUGACCACUACGUCUGCGGGGGGGUCCCCGGGCAGCCGUCAGGCCUGGAGGAGGAGCUGACCCUGAAAUACGGGGCGAAGCACGUGAUCAUGCUGUUCGUGCCGGUGACGCUGUGCAUGAUCGUGGUGGUGGCCACCAUCAAGUCCGUGCGCUUCUACACGGAGAAGAACGGACAGCUGCCCUAUGGAGCAGGCAGGGAGCAGAGUCUGCAGCCCGCCGUCUCCCUCAGCAUCUACACACCAUUCACCGAGGACACGCCCUCCGUGGGCCAGCGCCUCCUCAACUCCGUGCUCAACACCCUCAUCAUGAUCAGUGUCAUUGUGGCCAUGACCAUCUUCUUGGUCGUGCUCUACAAAUACCGCUGCUACAAGUUUAUACACGGCUGGCUGAUCAUGUCCUCGCUGAUGCUGCUUUUCCUCUUCACCUACAUCUACCUCGGGGAGGUGCUCAAGACCUACAACGUGGCCAUGGACUACCCCACGCUGUUCCUGACGGUCUGGAACUUCGGGGCGGUGGGCAUGGUGUGUAUCCACUGGAAGGGCCCCCUGGUCCUGCAGCAGGCCUACCUCAUCAUGAUCAGCGCCCUCAUGGCCCUGGUGUUCAUCAAGUACCUUCCGGAGUGGUCCGCGUGGGUCAUCCUGGGUGCCAUCUCUGUGUACGAUCUCGUGGCUGUGCUGUGCCCCAAAGGGCCACUGAGAAUGCUGGUGGAAACGGCCCAGGAGAGAAACGAGCCCAUAUUCCCUGCCCUGAUAUACUCCUCCGCCAUGGUGUGGACGGUGGGCAUGGCCAAGCUGGACCCCUCCUCCCAGGGAGCCCUUCAGCUGCCCUACGACCCAGAGAUGGAGGAAGACUCCUAUGACAGUUUUGGGGAGCCCUCGUACCCCGAAGUCUUUGAGCCCCCGCUGCCUGGUUACCCCGGGGACGACCUGGAGGAAGAGGAGGAAAGGGGCGUGAAGCUCGGCCUGGGGGACUUCAUCUUCUACAGCGUGCUGGUGGGCAAGGCGGCGGCCACGGGCAGCGGCGACUGGAACACGACGCUGGCGUGCUUUGUGGCCAUCCUCAUUGGUCUGUGUCUGACCCUCCUGCUGCUGGCCGUGUUCAAGAAGGCGCUUCCCGCCCUCCCCAUCUCCAUCACCUUCGGCCUCAUCUUUUACUUCUCCACGGACAACCUGGUGCGCCCUUUCAUGGACACCUUGGCCUCGCAUCAGCUCUACAUCUGACGGCGGGCCAGGUGCCGCGGGCUGGCGGCCCUGGGCGGGUCGUGACGGGUGCCCCCGCGUAGUGUCCCGGUCUAGUGCCAUAUGUCUCUGAGACUUUUCUUUCCUUGACGAGAAAGAAAGAGAAGGGAGUGUCGUGUUUACUUGGCGAAGAGGAAGAAGCAGCUUUUUGGCGCUAGUUGUUUGGUCGCCGGAGCACGGCUCACCAACUGAGGGACCGAGGACGGUGCAGCGAGGCCACCUGGCCCGGCACCACAGCCCGGGGUGCUCCGCGGGCCAAGGCGAAGGAAGGGACCAGGAGUCCGUGCCAGGAUGGCGCUGAGCACCUGCCCGCUGUGGCCGCAGAAGGAAGCCAGCGUGCCCUGCGUGGAAUGUCCCCAGUGCUUCUGUCUGUGACGUCAUUGUUAUUUUAUUACCUUUAGAAGCCGGGUCCUGUUCUCGCUCCGGCAGUUACUGCUGUGAAGUGGCUUAAUAUCAAAAUCAAUAAAUAAGUGAAUCCUGUUG